AUGGCUCCUGAAAAUCUCACCCAGGUGACUGAAUUCAUUCUCACGGGGAUCUCAGACUGUCCGGAGCUCCAGGUUCCCCUUUUCUUUGUCUUCCUGGUGAUCUAUGUGGUGACCGUGACAGGGAACCUGACCAUCAUCACCCUGACCAGUGUGGACUCACGACUUCAAACCCCCAUGUAUUUUUUCCUCCGACACCUGGCUAUCAUCAAUCUUGGUAAUUCUACUGUUGUCACCCCUAAAAUGCUGGUCAACUUCCUCAUUAGGAAGAAAAUCAUCUGCUACUACUGUUGUGCAGCUCAACUUGGUGGAUUCUUAGUUUUCAUCGUAGCUGAGAUUUCUAUGCUGGCCGCAAUGGCCUAUGACCGCUAUGUGGCCAUUUGUAACCCCCUACUCUACAUGGCGGUGGUGUCUCGACAGAUCUGUCUUCUGCUAGUAUCCUUUGUAUACAUCUAUGGGUUUUCUACAGCCAUUGUGGUUUCAUCUUGUGCCUUCUCUAUGUCUUAUUGUUCCCCCAAUGUUAUCAAUCACUUUUACUGUGACGUUAUUCCCUUGUUAGCCUUGUCCUGCUCUGAUACUUACUUCCCAGAAACAAUAGUCUUUAUUUCUGCUGCUACAAAUUUGGUUCUCUCCAUGGUUGUAGUUCUAGUAUCUUAUUUCAACAUCAUCUUGUCCAUUCUCAGGAUACGUUCAUCAGAAGGAAGGAAAAAAGCUUUUACCACCUGUGCUUCCCACAUGAUGGCAGUCACAGUGUUCUAUGGUACACUUCUAUUCAUGUAUUUGCAGCCUAAAACUGACCAUUCCUUAGAUACUGAUAAAAUGGCUUCAGUGUUUUAUACACUAGUGAUCCCUAUGCUGAAUCCUAUGAUCUACAGCUUGAGGAAUAAGGACGUGAAAGCUGCCUUAAAGACAUUCCUGUCAAACCCAUGCUAUUCUUUUAAAUCUGUAUAA